UUUGAACAAUUCUUUUAAACGAUUAGCUACAUAAACAGUUUCAUAAUUUAAUAUGUAAUUAAAUAGCUCAUAUUUCAAAUUAAAAUAUUGUAUAUUUCAAAUUUGAAUCGUUGAAGAUUAGGUCAUCGCAGUAAAAACAGGCAUUCAUUUCUUACUGUGCAUGCACCGUCGGAUGCAUUGAGCUAUGGGUCUAAUGUCGUAAACAAGAUUUUCACGGACAGAUUUGUCAAGAGAGCCACUGUUUUUGGUCUAGCUAAUGUUUGCAAAACAACAAAAUGCAAACGCUCCGGGAGGAAAAGGGUCCUCCUCUUCCUCUGUCGUCUAUGCGUCUUUUUAUUCCUCCACUGCGCCUGGUGUGUGCAGCUCUGUGGCAGGUUGUAGAGCGGAGAGACAUCAUGGACUAUGGGCUGCUGGAGGAGUUUGCCACCAGUGUGUUGGAAAUAGUCCCUGAACUGAUGACUUACAGAGAGAGGGUCCAACUCCUCAUGGGACUGAGAGCACGGCUGGUUCUGGAGUUGUGUCGCUGUGAUGAUGAGCUGUGUCGCCCUGAUACUGUCCAGCCACACCUGAACAGGAUAAGGAGCUGUGUCUCCAAUCAGAAGGGAGAGGUUUCAGAUCCAAAGGUGGAAGCAUCAGAGGCCAGCUUCAUGAAGCUGAUUGAAACCCUACUGGAGCAGCCAGAGGAGAGGGAACUCUUCUUUCAGAAUGUUUUUCCAGAGGAGUAUGGCCCCAAGUAUGACUCAACACUGCAGAUUCUUGUGUGGGAGUUCCUGUCCAGGCUGGAGAAACUGAUUCCUGCUCCAAACCUUAAGCAGACUGCGUCUUGGCUCAGCCUUGCCCCUGCUCUCUUAGAGGAGUGUGUGCAGUCUGUGGCUCACCCUGAGCCAUUACAGGCACUCCUCCAUCACCAUAAAAAUGGACAUCACUUAGACACCAAUGCUCUAAGGUCCACUGGUGGUGACUACAUCCUCUCUUCACUGUCUUUCCCUUCCUCUGUGAAGGAAGAAAUUGCCUCUUGCCAAGCAGGCCCAGAGAGACAGUCCUAUCCCACCAUAAAGGGAUAUCAAACCCCUUUCCCAUCUGAUGAACCAGAGAUGAGCUGGGACUGCAGAAUGGCAGAUCGUAAGGUCUGGACUGUAAAGCCACCAGCCCGUUCUGCUUCUGUGGAGGUCGAGGUCAAGACUAUAGAGGACGCCACUGAGAUAACCGUUAAACGCAAGACAAUCAACAAAGAGUUGAUAAAAGAAACCAGGAGAGAUAAAGCUGUUCUCUGCCCUCAGACUCGCAGUGGGCUGAAAACCAGCCGCUUGACUGCUUCCUGUCUGCGCCGUCAUCCCGUACUGCGGUUGAACAGGCUUGACAUUCGCAAUAUGCCGUUACCCAAGUCCUUGCUAACACUGAUUCUAAGGAGAGGGAGACUGCAGGCUGAGACAAGACGCCCAGGACCGAAAGGAAUUGACAGAAAAAAAAAACGGAGAAGAGGUCGUGGUAUUACAAAUGAGAAGAUUAAAUCACACACACUUGAUAUAAGCGAUAUGCCGCUACCCAAGUCCCCGCUAACACUGACCCUAAAGAGAGGGGUACUGCUGGAUGAUCCGACGAGUUCCCAAGUACAGAAAAAAAGAGGUAGAAAAAAAGGAGAGAAAAUAGGACCUGGUAUCACAAGAUUAAAGAUUGAGAAGAUUGGAGCACACACACUUGACAUAAGCGAUGUGCCAUUAGCCAAGCCCUCUCUAAAACUGGUUAUAAGGAGAGGGAAACUGCAGGCUGAAGCAACAGGUUCUCAAGGGAAAAAAACAAGGGGCAGAAAGAAAAAAUGGAGAAGACGAUGUGGUGUCAAAAAGGAGGGUGUGAAAAGAGAGCGGUCACCUGAAACUGAGGAAGAAGCUGAACCAUCAGAUUAUGAACUUUGGACCAGCGUUAAUAAAGGGGUCACACUCAAUGAAAGGGCCCCUGUCGAUGAAUCUGGUGGAGUCCAUGCUUCUAAUUUCCCAACGUCUCAUAAGAGGGAGGAGGAACAGCCCAUACAGACCUGUCACACAGAGGAGCACAGUGGUCAUAUGGCCGAAGGGCAGAACAGAGUAGAAGUCUCAGAGAUUGUACCUCAGGACUCACUAACUCCUGAGCCAUCCAACACCGCUCACAGAAUUCAUUCAGAGGAGCACAGUGGUCAGAUGACCGAAGGGCAGAACAAAGUAGAAGUCUCAGAGAUUGUACCUCAGGACUCACUAACUCCUGAGCCAUCCAACACCGCUCACAGAAUUCAUUCAGAGGAGCACAGUGGUCAGAUGACCGAAGGGCAGAACAAAGUAGAAGUCUCAGAGAUUGUACCUCAGGACUCACUAACUCCUGAGCCAUCCAACACCUCUCACAAAAUUAAUUCAGAGGAGCACAGUGGUCAGAUGGCCGAAGGGCAGAACAGGGAAGAACUCUCAGAGAUUGUUCCUCAGGACUCACUAACUCCUGAGCCAUCCAACACCUCUCACAGAAUUCAUUCAGAGGAGCACAGUGGUCAGAUGGCCAAAGUGCAGAACAGGGAAGAACCCUCAGAGGUGGUACCUCAGGACUCACUAACUCCUGAGCCAUCCAACACCUCUCACAAAAUGCAUUCAGAGGAGCACAGUGGUCAGAUGGCCAAAGGGCAGAACAGGGAAGAACCCUCAGAGGUGGUACCUCAGGACUCACUAACUCCUGAGCCAUCCAACACCUCUCACAAAAUGCAUUCAGAGGAGCACAGUGGUCAGAUGGCCAAAGGGCAGAACAGGGAAGAACCCUCAGAGGUGGUACCUCAGGACUCACCAAGUCCUGAGCCAUCCAACACCUCUCACAAAAUUCAUUCAGAGGAGCACAGUGGUCAUAUGUUCGAAGAGCAGAACAGAGACGAACUGCCAGAGAUGGUUCCUCAGGACUUAAGACCUCCUGAGCCAUUCAACACCUCUCACAAAGUUCACUCCGAGGAGCACAGUGGUCGUAUGUUCGAAGAGCAGAACAGAGACGAACUUCCAGAGAUGGUACCUCAGGACUCACUAACUCCUGAGCCAUCCAACACCGCUCACACAAUUCAUUCUGAGGAGCACAGUGGUCAGAUGGCUGAAGGGCAGAAGAGAGAACUCCCAGAGGUGGUACCUCAGGACUCACUAACUCCUGAGCCAUCCAACACCUCUCACAAAAUUCAUUCCGAUGAGCACAGUGGUCAGAUGGCCGAAGGGCAGAACGUAGAAAAACCUUUAGAGAGUGUACCUAAGGACUUACUAACUGAGAUUGUACUUCAGCACUCGUUAACUUCUGAGCCAUCCAACAGCUCGCACAAAAGAAGCCAGCGCGUCAAGGCAUGCUCUUUCUGUGGCAAGACUUUCACUGACACACUGGGCUUGACAAGACACAUGCGAUCUCACAUUGAGCAGAGGUCACACCAAUGCACCCAAUGUGGGCAAGAUUAUGAUUCCAGUGAGGACUUAGAGGAACACCAGAAGAGAAGCUGUGAGGAGAAGAUAAAAAAAGAAAUUGGUGAGGACAAUGGUGGGGAAACUGUCCAGCAAAAAACGCAUCUGAAAAGAGACAAAAAACCUGAUCUGAAAGCAGACAAAAAACCUGAUCUGAAAGCAGACAAAAAACCUGAUCUGAAAGGACACAAGAAAGAUCGCUCCAUAAUGUGCCAUGUGUGCGGGAAAGUAACUACUCGUAUGUUGGGUUUGCGAAGACACCUUCUACUUCACUUCAACAAUGGCGCAUACAAAUGCCCUGUAUGUCCAACGACUUUUAUAACAAACGCUGAUUUGAGAUCGCACCUGAGAUUGAAAAGAUCUUGUAGGGAAAAAUGUUCUGAUGAAGUAAUUAAUACCAAGGUCCAUCUCCAAUCCAACCCUGGUGAGUACAAGUGUCCUUACUGUGGGGACACUUUCCAGCUACCACAUGAUCUGAAAGGACACACAAAAGACUGUUCCAGAAAGUGCCAUGUGUGUGGGAAAACAACUUUGAAGCCGUGCGGCAUGCGAAGGCACAUGUUAAAACACAACAACAAUGGCCCCUACAAGUGCCCGGUGUGUCCAAGGACUUUUAUAUCCCGUACUGAUUUGAAGAUGCACCUGAAAAAAAAUAAGCAAUGUAGGGAGAAAUGUUCUGAUGUCAUGGUGAAGGAAUUACUGUCAUCAGUAGAUGGUAGAUGUGGGAAAAAUGAAACAGGAGUCAUGACAAGCUGCCAACAACCAAGCUCCAGCAACACUUCUGGGCCUUCAAAGAAUAUUGAACAGUUCUUUGAACAGUUCUCUUAUGACUUUCAGCAAUCCAAUAACAGCGCGAGUAGUGAUGUGAAGCUGAAUAACCUCAAUGAAAACUACAGUAAAUACCAACCCAUGAAGGAUGUUGACUUGAAUAGCCUCCAUGAAGCCUCCAUGGUGACCACUGAAGACUACAGUGAUGAGAUCAGUCAAUACCAACCCAUGAAGGACAAAAAGUCUGUGGAUGAUUCAUUGGAAAAUGAGAUGCCCAAUGACAAAGAACCAAACUCAACCAUUGGCUUAACAGGGAAGCAGGUGUCCCAGACUGACCCAAAGCCUCUCCAGGAUUCUCAACCAGAGAUAAGCGGAGAAGUGAAGAACGAGAUACAGAGCGGGAAACUGCAGGCUGAGGCCACGGGUUCCCACGGACAGAAAAGAAGAGGCAGAAAGAGAAAACAGAAAAGAGGACGUGGUGUCAAAAAUGAGAAGAGCGAAGCAAAGGGUGUGAAAAGAGAGCGGUCACCUGAAACUGAGGAAGAUGCCGAACCAUCAGAUAAUAAACGUUGGACCACUGUCAUUAAAAGGACCACUGUCUGUGAUUCUGGUGGUGUCUCAGAGAGUGUACCUCAGGACUCACUAACUCCUGAGCCAUCUCACAAAAGAAGUCAACGAGUCAAAGCAUGCUCUUUCUGUCGCAAGACUUUCACUGAAACACUGGGCUUGACAAGACACAUGCGAUCUCACAUUGAACAGAGGUCACACCAAUGCACCCUGUGUGGGCAAGACUUUGAAUUCAGUGAGGACUUAGAGGAACACCAGAAGAGUAGCUGUGAGAAGAAGAAGAGUGGUGAUGAAUACUGUGGGGGAACUGUCCAGAAAAAAAAAUAUCUGAAAAAAAAACCCUGAUCUGAAAAGAGACAAAAAGCCUGAUCUGAAAGGAGACAAGAAAACUCAUCUGAAUAGAGCCAAAAAAAAUAAUCGGAAAAGAGACAAAAAAACUGAUCUGAAAGGACACACAAAAGACUGUUCCAUAAUGUGCCAUGUGUGCGGGAAAGUAACUACUCGUAUUGUAAGUUUGCAAAGGCACCUUCUACUUCACUUCAACAAUGGCGCAUACAAGUGCCCUGUGUGUCCAAAGACUUUUAUAUUAAAUUGUGAUUUGAGAUCACACCUGAGAUUGAAAAGAUGUUCUGAUAAAGUAAUUACAACCAGGCUCCACCUCAAAUCCAACCCUGGGGAUUACAAGUGUCCUUACUGUGGGGACACUUUCCAGCUACCACGUGAUCUGAAAGGACACACAAAAGACUGUUCCAGAAAGUGCCAUGUGUGUGGGAAAAUAAGUUCUCGAAAACUGGAAAUGCGAAGGCACAUGUUAAAACACAACAACAAUGGCCCCAUCAAGUGCCCGGUGUGUCCAAUGACUUUUGUAUACCAUACUGAUUUGAAGAAGCACCUGAAAACAAAAAAACUAUGUAGAGAGAAAUGUACUGAUGUCAAGGUGAAGAACAAUGCGGAUUUGAAAUUGCCCCAAAGAUUGAAAAGGUCUUAUAGGAAGACAUUUUCUGAUGAUGUAAUUACAACCAAGAUCCACUUCAAAUCCAACUCUGGAGAUUACAAGUGUCCCUACUGUGGGGACACUUUCCAGCUACCACGUGAUCUGAAAGGACACACAAAAGACUGUUCCAGAAAGUGCAAUGUGUGUGGGAAAACAACUUCAACGGCACGCGGCAUGCGAAGGCACAUGUUAAGACACAACAACAAUGGCCCCUACAAGUGCCCGGUGUGUCCAAUGACUUUUAUAUACCAUCCUGAUUUGAAGAAGCACCUGAAACUGAAAAAACAUUGUAGAGCGAAAUGUUCUGAUGUGAUGAUGAAAGAAAUACUGUCUUCAGGAGGUGGUAGAUGUUGGAAAAUGUUCAAUGAAACAGCAGUCAUGACAAACAGCCAACAACCAAGCUCCAGCAACACAGGUGGGCCUUCGAAGAGAAUUGAAGAGCUCUCUCAUGACUCGCAGCAAUCCGAUAACGGCAUGAGUAGUGAUAUGAACCUUAAUAGCCUUGAAGAAGGUCACAGUGACAAGAUCAGUCAAUACCAACCCAUUAAGGACGUUGACUUAAGUAGCCUCCAUGAAGACUUCAGUGAUGAGAUCAGUCAAUACCAACCCAUUAAGGACAUUGACCAAUCCAACCCUGGUGAGUACAAUUGUCCUUACUGUUGGGACACUUUCCAGCUCCCAGAUGAUCUGAAAAGCCACACAAAAGACUGUUCCAGAAAGUGCCAUGUGUGUGGGAAAAUAUCCUCAAAGGCAUGUGACAUGCGAAGGCACAUGUUAAAACAUGACAACAAUGGCCCCAUCAAGUGCCCGGUGUGUCCAAAGACGUUUAUAUUCCAUACCGAUUUGAAAACACACCUGAAAACAAAAAAACUUUGUAGGGAGAAAUGUUCUGAUGUGAUGGCAAAGGAAUUACUGUCUUCAGUAGAUGGUAGAUGUAGGAAAAAUGUUAAUGAAACAGGAGUCAUGACAAGUUGCCAUCAACCAAGCUCCAGCAACACAGGUGGGCCUUCGAAGGGCGGGCCUGUGUUGGGUUUGAAGAGCUUUGAAGAGUUCUUUGAAGAGCUCUCUAAUGACUCCGAUAUCAGUAUGAAUAGUGACGUGAACCUGAAUAGCCUCGAUGAAGACUACAGUCAGGAGAUCAGUCAAUACCAACCCAUUAAGGAUGUUGACCUGAAUAGCCUCGGUGAAGACUACAGUCAGGAGAUCAGUCAAUACCAACCCAUUAAGGAUGUUGACCUGAAUAGCCUCGGUGAAGACUACAGUCAAGAGAUCAGUCAAUACCAACCCAUUAAGGAUGUUGACCUGAAUAGCCUCUAUGAAGACUACAGACAGGAGAUCAGUCAAUACCAACCUAUUAAGGACGUUGAC